UCUCACGAAAACUUGUGUCAGCUCGGAGGUUUCACGCUUGGUUCGUGCUGAAUGACUUAUUCGUUUAACGUCUUGUUCCGGUGCUCCACAGGUGCAACUGUGAAGCUGGAGAUGUUAUUAGUGUUGAUCCGGAUCCAGAUCCGCCCAGACCGGCGUCACAGCACCGACAAGAUGGCCGAGUGUACGGGACGAAAGUGAGGGAGGAAAUCAAAACACUGACAGGCGACUGUUGUCCAACACCUGAGCCGAUCGUGAGGUGAAGUUAGUCCGAAGACAAAGGCCAAGUGUUGGGCGGAUUCCAGAGCCCCGUCUGAGGGGGCAGAAGCGGCAUGAUGCAAGAAGCGUAGAGCUCUCCGGGACCGCUAGCACCCAGUGCUAACCAUGCUAGCUAGCUGACAGAACCGUUACCAGAGGAUAGAGAUUCGGACAGCGGCAGCCUCGACUUAAGAUAUUGGCGUUUUGUUCUGGAAUAAUUGGUGGCAGAAGUGCGACGUGCUGCCGCCUGACACUCGGUUCAACGCUCGCUGGUUUGCGAGCCAACAGUGCGGGUUUCUUGGACGCAGCUAGCGUUAGCAGCCGUCAGCUAGCUUGCUCAGCUGUUGGGGUGUUGCGAGAAGAAAGCGAGGGAGGUCUCGGAGCUCGUCUACCGGGAUAUUUGUGUCCCGCUGGUUGCUAUCAUUAACGGACAGACAGUAGUCGCCACCCAGGCGGGGAGACCUGAGCCCCGGCCGAGGCGCAGCUCCAGCCAGCAUCGACAUGGCCCACUCCCCAGUGCAGGGUCACCUGCCGGGGAUGCAGAAUGCUAAAGCUGACCCUGAGGAGUUGUUCACCAAGCUGGAGCGCAUUGGCAAGGGUUCCUUCGGCGAGGUCUUCAAAGGCAUUGACAAUCGCACCCAGAAAGUGGUGGCCAUCAAGAUCAUUGACCUGGAGGAAGCAGAGGACGAGAUCGAGGACAUUCAGCAGGAGAUCACGGUGCUGAGCCAGUGCGACAGCCCGUUCGUCACUAAAUAUUACGGCUCGUACCUCAAGGACACCAAGUUGUGGAUCAUCAUGGAGUAUUUGGGUGGAGGCUCUGCGUUAGAUUUGAUGGAGCCAGGAGCGCUGGACGAGAUUCAAAUAGCCACCAUUUUAAGAGAGAUCCUCAAAGGACUGGAGUACCUGCACUCUGAGAAGAAGAUCCACAGGGAUAUCAAAGCUGCCAACGUGCUGCUCUCGGAACAAGGUGAGGUGAAGCUGGCGGAUUUCGGCGUGGCAGGUCAGCUCACGGACACUCAGAUCAAACGCAACACCUUCGUCGGCACCCCCUUCUGGAUGGCCCCCGAGGUCAUCAAGCAGUCGGCAUAUGACUCAAAGGCUGAUAUCUGGUCUCUGGGCAUCACGGCGAUAGAGCUAGCUAAAGGCGAGCCUCCUCAUUCGGAGCUUCAUCCCAUGAAAGUUUUAUUUCUUAUUCCAAAGAACAACCCGCCCACCCUGGAGGGAAAUUACAGCAAACCGCUCAAGGAGUUCGUCGAGGCGUGCCUCAACAAAGAGCCCAGUUUUAGGCCAACUGCCAAAGAGCUACUGAAGCAUAAGCUGAUCGUUCGCCAUGCGAAAAAGACUUCGUACCUGACUGAGCUGGUGGACAAGUACAAGCGAUGGAAGGCAGAGCAGUCGAGAACGGCAGAGUCCAGUUCAGACGAGUCCGACUCCGAGCAGGAUGGUCAAGCGUCGGGCGGCAACGACUUCGGCAGCGACGACUGGAUCUUCACCAUCCGUGAGAAAGACCCCAAAAAGCUGCAGAAUGGGGAGGGUCAGUCUGGAGCGACGGAACAGACAAAAGACAUUCCAAAGAGGCCUUAUUCCCAGAGCCUGGCCACAGUCAUCUCUCCGGCACUUGCCGAGCUGAAGGCCAGACAGGAGCAGGUGAACGGGAACCCUCUGGUUCUGGACCAGCUGCGAGAAGCCAUCCUGUUGGCGGAGGAGUCUUACCCUGGCAUCUCAGACUCUCUGGUGGCUCACAUGGUCCACAGGCUGCAGAGCUACUCCACUAGCAGGACCUCCACAUCUGCGCCGUAGAAGUCAGCUGUCGGACCUGGCUCUGCUUUCCCACCGACCCUCCCAUCACACCGCCCACACAAGGGGUCACAAGUCAGGGGUUGAGCCAUCUAACACCAGCUGACCGUGUUUGACGUCGUGGGCAUGUGUCUGGGGUGAGGGGAGGCGGCGGCGAAUAAAAAACAAACUUUUGGAGCUUCUCCCAAGGCUGUGGCUGCUGCUGACCUUGGCAGAGCAACCUGCCAGGCAAGACUCUGGGCUCAACAUCCCCCCUCAGAAUUCAAUCCUCGCUAAUGUAGGCAUCAUAUUCCCCAAACCCUCUGAACGCAUGCUUGGAUGCUCUCUUGUGUGCGUGUGUGCGCGUGUGCUCCCAUCGUCCCAGACUCCCCGUUUAGGCAUAUUUGCAGCAUUCUUAAUGAAAAACCUCAGGUAAAGUGCUUUAAGUGGACUUCUGGGCAGUGGAAGUGGGAUGGGAAGCGUGUGCGUGCGUGCGUGCGUGUGUGUGUUGGUCACAGGGGGAGGGAGCGGGAGGGGGCGCCAUGCUGAACGUGAGAACCAGUUGUGAGGAUGAAUCACUGUGUCCCAAAUGGUUGUUUUUGUAGAUAUGACUAACGUUAGGAAAGUACAUAUUUAAAGCUCCAACAGAGAGAACAACAGAAAAAAUGCCUUGCCUUUUUGAGAUACAACGUUCCGGCAUUUCAUCUCAUUUCUCUUUGUUCCACUCGACUGAGUGAAGUACAUCAGUGUUGACUGGGACGCCACCAGUCGCUGACUCGACACGUUGAAGCAGCAGUGGCCCGUGUUUCUCUCGUGCGUCCGUUUUAUAAGCGUCUCGGGAGGAGGAGCGAGUCGACAGCCCGGGGAGAGGCGUGCGUCUGUGUGUGGCAGCCAACCUGCAGAAACCUUCAACCCUGACUUUUGUUGUUUUCACUUCCAAGCCAUCGCUAGAAGUGCCAUGUCCUUAUGCGCUUUCACCAGAUCAUGUUAGUCUGAGUUGCACCUUUUGUUUUGUUUUUUUUCUAACUUCAGAUCAGUUAUUUUGCACUUUGAAAGUGUGAGGAGUAUUUAAAAGCGGACUUUCGUUGAGGAGGGGGGCAGACGGCCAAUAAAAUGAGAAAAAAACACACAAAAAAAAUGUUGCUUAUAGCCAUGUUUUACAAUAUGUUUACUUCUAAGUUCCAGAAUCUACUACUGUGCUAAAGCAGCAAUAAAGUUGAGAAGGUGCAUCCAGGCGCUCUUGUCAACACAGGGAUGGAAAGAGAUGAUAUUUUUAUAACUGCAGAGUUGGAAAUAUUGGAAUGCUUUAUGGAUAUGGACUUCUGCCUCCGGCAAAAAAUAUCUAGACCUUAAAGAAGAUAAACAUAUGCUCCGGAAAUAACUUACAAGAUGUGUACAUUGGGUCUCCUUUAUCAUAGCUGACAGUUUAUAGUACUGUAUAUAAUCUUUGCUUGUGUCAUUUGAGAAUUCCCGACUUAAAUGUAAGCUCCUUGUAAGCUUUCAAAGUGACAUGAGAAAUAAAGAUCUAAUGCUUAACUGACCAGGGAGUGGCUGAGUCAUUGAAGGUCCCUGUGACUGAGAUGCUGCCGAGCAGC